AUGCAAGAUACCCCACCACCAAACCCUGUCAUUCACAUGCAGAAUAAAAUGGGUUGUGGGUUCAACAAUAAUGCAACAGGAUGGCUUAUAUGCCCUGUAGAUUAUGACUGGAAUGACCCGACCUUCAAGUAUAUCUUCACAUCUCCUACCUCCACAGAGCUGGAUGAUGAAGAGCAGAUCAACGUGGUGGAGCUUUCUGCACAGGGUCAUCUGAGGCAGCAAAGGACUAAUGGCAAGCACCGCACUCAUUGCAAUGUUGCUGGGCUGUUGAACAUGAAAUCUGUUCAACCACAGUCAAUUGCAUAUGCAGCCAUGCAGGUCAUUCAGCUUAGGUUUGCCUUGUCUAGCACAGGAUCAUGGUGUAUUAUAGAUGACGAGUUCAAUCAUCAAGAAUUUUAUGACCAUAUCAUUGACUUCUUCGAGCUUGCUGUGACGUCAAACACAGUUAAGGAAGUUGAAGAUUUAUUGCUUUGGUGGAACCAUAAGGUUUUUGGACGCAAAUAUGCAUCCAUCUAUCAUCCCCAAAGAACCAAGCAGCUGUCUGUUGCUCAUUGUUCAGGUAGACAUUAG